AUGUCUGGUUUUCAAUUUAUCUAUUUUACUAAUCAUUCAGUUAAUAAAUCUGAAAGUUACAUUCAACCUGUUUUAUUAUGUUUUAACGUUAAAAAAUGUCCGAUAUUAACAAAUAUAAUAAUGAAUAUUACCAUGAUUAAUAACUUAACUUGUACUGAUAUAUCGAUUAUAAAAGAACAUAGUUCAAUAUAUAAUUUAGAUAAUCUAAUAUAUCAUUUGAAAAAGAUUGCUGUUCAAUGUUUAACUAAAGGUAUUGAUUUAUCAUGUAACAGUUCAAAUGAGUUUCAUUGUAAUAAAUCAUUAAAAUGUAUUUCAUAUCACCGUGUUCAAGAUGGUCAUCAAGAUUGUUAUUUCAAUGAAGACGAAGAAUUUCUAUCUUGUUCAUUAAAUGAUUCUCGUCGAUUUCAGUGUUUCAAGGAAUAUGAGAAAUGUUUAUCACCAGUUGCCAUUGGUAAUGGUUUUCGCGAUUGUUCUGAUAGAAAAGAUGAAGAGAUUUAUUACGAAGGUGAUUUUAAUAAGACUACACCUUAUUCACAUUUUUGUCUUGGUAAUGCAGCACAGAGAUUGUAUUCCUACAAUUACAAAGAUUCUUAUCAAUGCCAGUUCUGGCCAUGUUACAAUCCAUAUGUUCUUUGUGAUCAAAUUUGGGAUUGUCCAAAUGGUAUUGAUGAAUUAAAUUGUUCUUAUACAAAUUGUUUGAUAAAUCAACAUGAAUGUCGAAAUAAUCAAUUAAAUUUAACAAUUUGUUUAUCGAUGAGUCAAAUGGCUGUUCAUAGAAAUGAAUAUUGUUAUGGAUUUAGUAGUGAAUCAAUUUAUUUUAUUUAUAAUGAAACAAAUAUUAAUGAAACAAUCUUUUAUUUAUGGAAGAAUGCAAAAUGUCUUCACGAAAAGAAUGUUUGUCUGUCUGACAGAAGAAUAUCAACAAUAGAUAAAGAUCAUGUAUGUCUUUGUGAUAAAAGAGAACGAUAUCAAAGUCUUGAUUUUGGACUUCCUGUUCGAUUACCCUUAAUAGAAAAUGCAUUGUGUUAUUUGAAGAUGGACAUAUAUCAAGAUCGUAAAGAACCAUUUGCAAGUCCUUUAAGAUUAGGUUAUUAUCCAUUAGUUAAUUCUUUAUCAAUAUCUCAAAAAUCUAAUUCAAGAAGAAAUAAACAAAAGACAUCCCAGACAUAUCUCAAUAUCUCACAAACAUGGUUUUGUAAUCGAGGUAUUCUUAUCUUUACUGGACAAAAUUAUACGAAAACAUGUCUUUGUCCACCAAGUUAUUUUGGAUCACAAUGUCAAUGGCAAAGUCAGCGAAUAAGUCUUACACUUCAAUUUAUUUUAUCACGAGUAACAUUGGUUAGUGCUAGUUUUCAAGUAAUUCUUAUGUUAAUCAAUGAACAAGAUGAAAUUCUUGAUCAACAUGAAGAAAUUCUUUUUACGCCACUUCGAGAUUGUCGAACUAAAUUUAAUCUUUAUCUUUUAUAUCCACAACGUCCAAAAUCUUUCUUAAAUAAAUAUUCAAUUCGUAUUGAUCUAUUUAAUAAAUUAACCCUUACUCAUUGGACAAGUUGGUAUCUAUCAAUUCCAUUUCAAUUUCUACCUGUUAAUCGAAUAUCAAGACGAUUAAUUAUUCCGAAAGAACAAAUUAUCAAAGAAUGUCGAUUAUCAUGUGGUGAACAUGGUCAAUGUCUUCACUACACAAAUAAUCAGUCAAAACCUUAUUGCUUAUGUGAGAAAGGAUAUUCUGGUCGAUUUUGUAAUGAAACUUAUGAAUGUUUAUGUUCGAAUGAUUCAUAUUGUCAUUCGCCUAAUAUUUGUAUUUGUCCUUUAAAUCGAUUUGGAUCAAAAUGUUAUUUAAAACGUUCGAUUUGUUCAAAAGAUAAUAAUCCAUGUGAAAAGCGAGGUUUAUGUAUUCCAACAGAUGAUCGAAUUGAUUUACAAGGUUAUUUCUGUCAUUGUAAUGAACAAUAUUUUGGAAAACAUUGUGAAUCUUCAAGUCCUCAUAUUACUUUGCAAUUAGAUAAAACAAUUAUUAAAAGUUCAUCAUUUGUAUUUCUUCAUAUAAUAACAAUGUUUCGACAUUCAAAACAUGAACAAACAACUAUAAUGAAGAAAAUUCCAAUUGAUAGUGAUACAAUAAAAUUUUAUAUUUCAAAAGAAUUUCAUUUAGUUUAUCUUCAAUUAUUAAAUCAAAGUUAUUAUUUAGGAAUUAUUCGUGAAAAAUUUAUUUCGUCUGAAAAUAUCUCUGGACAAAUUACAUCCAAACAAUAUUGUCCGUAUGUUAAAUCCUAUAUAAAUUCAUCAAUGUAUGAGUAUGGUACCAUUGAAUAUCCAAAAUAUUAUCCAUUUGUAUGUCGAGAAUAUUUACAUUUAAUGUGCUUUUAUGAUGAAACAUUAAUUUGUACAUGUGAUGUUGAUCGUUUUGCUAAUUGUGUUGAAUUUAAUCAUACAUUAGAUCAAACUUGUCAAGGAGAAAAUAAUUGUGAAAAUGAUGGACGAUGUUUUCAAAAUAAUCAAACAUGUCCAACACAAUCAAUUUGUGCUUGUCAACAUUGCUUUUAUGGUGGAAAAUGUCAAAUGUCAACGAAAGGAAAUCUUCUUUCACUUGAUCCGAUAAUUGGUUACUAUAUUAAACCAAAUAUUCCAUUUUCUAAUCAACCACCAAUUAUACAAAUGACUUUUACUAUAACAUUACUUAUAUUAAUUAUAGGUUUAAUUGAUGUUAUUUUAUCAAUAUUAACAUUUCAUAUGAAAAAUCCUCGAGAAGUUGGCUGUGGCUAUUACCUUUUCUCAUCAUCAAUUAUUGCAUUUUUUAUGAUAAUUAUGUUGGGAAUUAAAUUUCUUAGUUUAUUAUUAUCACAAAUGCAUUCGAAUCAAAAUGAAUCUUUAAUUGCUUGUAAAUUGAUUGAUAUACUUUUAAAAUCAUUUUUAGCAUCAAAUGAAUGGAUUAUCGCUUGUGUUGCUAUUGAAAGAGCGAUAAAUACAAUGAGUGGAACAAGAUUUAAUAAAAUCAAAAGUAAACAAAUAGCAAAGUGGAUCAUUCCUUUUCUUAUUUGUUUAAUAUUAAUUUCAUAUUUUCAUGAAUCAUAUUAUCGAACAUUACUUUAUGAUACAGAUGAAGAUGAACAAAGAAUUUGGUGUUUUGUUCGAUAUCCAUCAAUGGUUGAUAAUUAUAAUUAUUUUCUUACCUUCAUACAUUUUCUUGGUCCAUUAAUAAUAAAUAUAUUAUCUGCUUUUUCAAUUAUUAUUUUAGUAGCUCGUAAUCGAUCGAAUAUUCAACAAGAUAAAUCGUAUAAUCAACAUUUCAAAGAACAACUAAAACGACAUAAGCAUGUUUUAGUUUCACCAUUAAUAUUAGUUUUAUUAGGAUCACCUCGUUUAAUAUUUUCAUUUCUUAAUGGUUGUAUGAAAACACCACGCAAUCCAUGGUUUUAUAUUAUUGGUUAUUAUAUUUCAUUUAUACCACCAAUAUUAACUUUUCCUAUAUUUGUACUACCAUCAGAUAGUUAUAGAAAAAUAUUUCAAAGUGCAAUUCAACAACAAAUCGUUCGAUUUCGAUCGAGAUUUCUAUCAUAUAAUAUUUAA